AUGUUAUUAGACGAACAGAAACGAACAAUAACACAUUUGAAUGUGCUAUUAUUGGGUCCUGCACACGUUGGAAAGUCCUCUUUGAUACAGUCGCUGCUCUCAGGCCAACCUGCCUACUCAACAUGUGCCGCUAAUAUUAAUACUGGCAAUGUCAACCAGCAACAAGGGAAUAGAUCAACGGCGGGAACCCGAUAUGGCCCAUAUCUGGCUCCAUAUGAUCCAACUGUAGAAGAUUCCCAUAUAUUGCAGUAUAUCCUCCCUCCUGGCUCCCUCGGUUUGGGUCUUCAUAGGAAUGCCACAUCAUCCUUGCUACCUACUACACCUACUUCAACCCCCAACGACGGUCCACAUAGAAUCAUAUUGACCCUAUCGGAUGUCGGUGGACAUCCGUACUACUCUGGAAUAUGGGCUUCCGCUAUAGCUGCUGCUGAUGCCUUCAUGUUGGUCUAUGAUGUUGGAGACAAGAAGUCCCUGGAUCGCAUGUGGCCAUUUAUAAAAAUGAUUGCAGAGACUAAAGGAAUUAAGCCGCAAGAGCUCGCCAUCCUCAUGGUCGGGAAUAUGGUCGAUACAUGUGCUACUCUCGAUGAAAAUAAUCCUGGAAAACGAAUACGCCAAGUCACUCCUAAAAUGGGCCAGAGUCUCGCCGAAGUAUUGGAAGUCGGAUGGCGUGAAACUACUGCUAGAGCUCCGCAUGCUGUUGCUUCAGCAUUCAAGUCUUUGAUUGCAGAAUGUCAAAUCCGUGUGGCAAGUCUAGCCAAAUCAGCUAUAUCUGCCCGCAACUCUGAAAUCUUCCAAGAGAAACAAAGCAACCACCACCAAGGAACGCUGCACUUACGUCGCCCGUCAGAGAUGUCAGUCGCGAGCAGGAUUGUAGGUAGAUCCAUCUCAAGCUCUCGAACAUCAUCGGAUGUAUAUACCCCACUUUCACGAGAUUCAAUGGCAUCAACAAUCAUGUCUCGUGAUACUCUGCUUUCAAGGAGCGGGCUAGGAUCAUGGGGAAUGAGCCAUGCAUCUGCUGGAUCACCGUAUAUGGGGCAAUCUGUAGUGUCGGAUAGAUCUUCCAAUGGUGGUGGCAUCGCAACAUUAGGAGGCGGAUCACCAUCAGCACAGGCAUCAAUGUAUGGAAGUAUAGCUCCAUCGCCGAUAAUCACGCCAAAUAAAAUGCUUCCUCCGAUACCGAGGGAGCUUGGAACGCCACACUCUACUUCUGUAAUAACAGCUUCAUCAACUGCAUCAGAGGCUAGUUGUAUGCCAUCGCCCGCUUUAGGCAAUAUAGUGCUGAUGGACGCCCUGAUAUUACCACCAGCUGCACCCAACUCGAUCCGAUCCAAGCGAGAUUUGGUGUUUGCCGAAUGGAAGGCAUAUAAACGCAGAACAGCCCACCAUAUGGAAUCAGUAAUAGCAGAAGAAGAACAAGAAGCAGACGACACAGCAUAUGCAGAAGGAAGCAGUACCGAGUGGGAAGAAGAAUUAUCGUCUGCCUUUGAAGACAGUGGCUCGACAAUCGGUGCACCGAGUCGACCAUCAUCAUUACCUCAACCAUUAUAUUUACAUCCUCUAUCACUACUACAACAAGAAAGAAGGCCUUCUCUACCCGAAAAUUACACAAAUACACCACCGAGAUCUACAUCGCUGAAUCAACCGACCUCAUAUCAUAGUUCAUCGUCGUCUACAACAACAACAACAACAACAAGAAGAUCGACUCGCCCUUCGCUGGAACGAAUGGAUUCCGGAGUGGUGCUCAGAAAUAGUAGAGAUUCGUCAAACAAACAUAUAUCACUGUCGUCAUCUUUAUUACCACCACCAGCUCCGCCUGUAAAGAAAGUUAUCGAGUCGUCGCUACAAAAGCAGUUGGAUGAUUUGCUGGGUGAAUUGUCUGCUUUUGAGACGGAAUCCACGCGGCUCGCUUCAUGA